AUGAAUGAAGAUGAGACUGUGACUGAUUACCAUUCUAGGCUGAUUGGAAUUGUGCAUCAGAUGUGUAGAAAUGGAGAGAAGCUUGAUGAUGUUCAUGUGGUUGAAAAGAUGCUACGAUUAUUGUCUCCUAGCUUUGAGCAUGUGGUUACAGCAAUUGAAGAAUCCAAAGAUCUGGACACCAUGAGUAUUGAGGAGCUCUUGUGGUGUCUUCGAGUACAUGAAACUCAUAUUCACAACAAUAUUGAAGCAGCAGCUGUGGAGCAAGCAUUAAAAACAAAACUUGUGCUUGAUGAUCGUAAUGGUGGUCUAGGAAGAGGAAGAGGAAGAGGAAGAGGACGAGGAGGAUCGAGUUCACGAGGACGAGGACUUGGAUAUCGCGACCAAUUAGCAAACCUUGCAGAAAGUUCUGACCAUUUGGAGGAAGAACCAACAUUGUUAGUAGCUGGAAGUGAGCCACUAGAAAAUGGAAGGGUCUGGUAUUUGGAUACUGGGGCUAGUAAUCAUAUGAAUGGAAGGAAGGAGUUUUUCAUGGAACUUCAUGAAGGUUCAUAUGGCAUUGUCAGUCUAGGAGAUGGUACCAAAUUAGCUGUCAUAGGAAAAGGGAAGGUUGUUGUUUUUCAAAAGAAUGGAGGCACUGCACUGAUUUCAUAUGUCUACUAUAUUCUAACCAUGAGGAGUAAUAUCUUAAGCCUUGGACAACUACUGGAGAAAAGGCAUGUGGUACAUAUGGAAGGUAACACUCUUGAAUUAAGAAACUCAGAAGGUCUGUUAAUUACACAUGUACAAAAGACGUGA